UUCAGAUGUGAAAUGCAUGCUGGUUUGUUUUGGUUGUGCAUUACAAUCCGUGAACAUUGAUUCGUUGAAGGAAAAAAAUCUAACUGGUGAAACGAACUGGACCGAUUGUUGAUAUUUUCGUUUAUUAUUAUUCACUAUUAUGGCGAAAACUAAAAAACAGAAACCACUAUCCACUGCUCCUGAUAGUGGCAAGUCGAUCAGCUCAAAGGGCAACCGACAGCACCAUUCGCAGAUCUGGAGCGACGAACGGUUUGUUCAUCUGGUGAAUGAUCCUCGUUUCAAAGGAAUCCCUCGUACGGAGAAGAAGGUCAAAAUCGACAAGCGUUUCCAGUCCAUGUUCGACGAUGAACGGUUUAACGUGAAGCAUACGGUGGACAAAUACGGCCGAAAAGUGAAACAGAGCUCAAGUGAUGAACUUCGGAAAUACUACGAGCUGGAAACUUCGGAUGGAGAGAUUAACGAUGAUGAUAAACAGGGAUCUGGAAAAGAUAAGGAUAACUCAGAUUCGAAGGAAGAUACCGGUGAGUCGGAUGAUGGGCAAAGUGGCACCGAUUCCGAGGCCCCUGAGUUGGACGACGAGGAAAAGGCGUUGGGCAUGUCCGAUAAGAUAAAAUCCCGACUGGAAGAUUUGGAAAUCGAUUACGCAAGGGGAGAGGGGGCUAUUGCUUCGGAUAGUAGUUCUUCCGACGAUGAUUCUGAGGAUGACGAACUUGCGGAUGAUGAGGUUUUUAUUGACCAUGUUUGGGGUGAGUUGGAUGCCGAUGCUGAAAGGACGGAUGAAUCCACGAGAAGAUUGGCGCUUUGUAAUGUUGAUUGGGAUAGAAUUCGGGCCGUGGACAUCAUGGUUAUGUUGAAUUCGUUCCUCCCACGUGGUUCCAUAAUUUUGAAAGUUACUAUAUAUCCAUCGGAGUUCGGUAAAGAACGAAUGAAGGAAGAAGAAGAACGGGGUCCACAGGAGCUAACUGGUGGUAGAAAUGCCGAUUCUGAUGAAUCUGAAGCUAGUGAAGACGAAGAUGAAACCAAGCAAAGACAAAUCGAACUGCUCCGAGAGUAUCAACUGAACCGACUCAAAUACUAUUACGCCGUUGUUGAGUGUGACAGUGUUGAAACGGCAGAUAAACUGUACAAAGAGUGCGAUGGGGUUGAGUACGAGAGUACGGCCAACAAAAUUGAUCUUCGUUUUAUCCCAGAUGAAAUGGAAUUUGAAGAUGAACCAAAAGAAAGCUGCAGUGAAUUACCGGAGAUUGGUAAAUACGAACCAAGGAUUUUCACAACGACUGCACUCAAUCAGGCAAAGGUUGAAUUGACCUGGGACGAGAAUGAUGUUGAGCGUAAAGAGUUUAACGAGAAAAUUCGAGCUGGCAAAAUUAAUGAGGUAUCGAAUUUGGAUUUGCAGAAGUAUGUCGCCUGCAGUAGCAGUGAGGACGACGAUGAAGCCGAAAAUCAGUCCGAGAAUGAUCAAGUAGAAGAGGAAAUGGUGAAUGGAAAGUUGAAAAAAUCUAAAAAACAAGAUAUGAUUUCCAGAUAUAAAGCUCUACUGGGUGACCUUCAGGAACAGGAAGAAAUCGCCAAAAAUGAAAAAGUUGAAAUGGAAUUCACUUGGAAAGUGGACGAUGAUGGUAAUGACAAAAAUGAUUCCGAGAAUGAGUCUGACUCGAAAGCAGUAAAGCAGAAUUCGGAUGGUGUAAAUCCGUUCGAGAAAUUGUUAGAAAAAGCAAAAGAAAAAAAGAAACGCAGGAAGGAGUUAAAAAAGAAGAAAAAACGAGGCGAACUGAACAGUGACGGCGAAGUGAAAGAAGAAAGUUCCGAUGAAGAUCUACCGUACGGCGUAGAUCUUAACGAUCCGUUUUUUGCAACUGCAUUCGACGAGAAGGAGUUCGAUUUGAAAAAGUCCAACAAAAAGGAUAAAAAAAGAAACGUUCUCGAGCAGGAUGUUGAAAACGAAGCAGAAAUAGCCCGCAAGCGAGCUGAACUCGAGCUGAUUAUAGACGAAACGGAAGAUGAUAAAAGUCAUUUCAAUUUGAAAAGUAUUCAGGAGCAGCAAAUAGACCUAAAGUCUGUUUCGAAGUCGAAACGCAAACGCAUUCUCAAAAAAUCAAAGAAACAGAUUGAACAACGUCAACGGAGCUCGACCGUAGAUGAUUUCGCGUUGAAUCUGGAUGACGAUCGUUUCAAAGCGGUAUAUGAAAAAGCAGAGUACAAUAUCGAUCCUACGAACCCUUUGUACAAGAAAACAAAUGCGAUGGAAAUGCUAAUACAAGAAAAACUAAAAAAGAGGCCUUUGAAGGACAAUGACGUUCCGACUGCGGAUGAUGUGAAAGAAAUAAAGAAAGUAAAAAAAGAUAUCAGUACCAGUUUACUUGUAAAGAGUAUCAAACGAAAAAUUGGUAAAUGAUAAGGAUAUGUUACGUGAAAGAAUUGUAAUAAAGUUCUGACUGUGAA